AUGGGAUCACUGAUUUGCCCCAUUGUGUCACAUGCAGCUGUGGAUGCCAGCUCUGUGAUCACUACCCGGGAUUUAAAGGAGAAGAAGGAAGUUGUGGAGGAGGCAAAGAAUGGAGGAGACACACCUGCUAGUGGGAACGCUAAUGAGGAAAAUGGAGAAGAGAACGGAAAUGAAGAAGAGGAAGAAAGCGACAAGGAAGAGGAGCAGGAAGAAGGCAAUGGUGAGGAAGAGGAUGGAGAGGAAGACAAGGAGGCUGAGGCAGCUAUGGGCAAACAGGCAACUGAAGAUGAUGAGGAUGACGAUGCUGACACCAAGAAGCAAAAGACUGAUGAGGAGCAGAAAAGGAAAAAGUAA